AUGCUGGCAAGACUGCAGCUAAAUCACAGGCUGGAGUUGCCAAAAUGCAAGGGAAGGCCAGAGCCAAUGCUGAUGGUUCCCCCACGGAAGCGGAACAGAGCGGGGACAGAACUUUGCCUGAGGAGGUGGAAACGAACGAGACGAACCAAGUGGACAUGGGAGUGGAUGUGCUGGUCGAGGGUGAACCCAUGGCAGCUGACAUCCAGGAAGAUGUGGACACUGGAUAGAUCUGGAUACCCGUGGCUCGGUCCCUGGCCAUUAGUAGAGUCAUUAGAGGAGUCAGUGUGGAGGAUUGCAUGA